CGCUCUGUGCACACGACUGUGAAUAUCUAGAAUAUAAACAUUGAUGACUGUGUGACCUACUUAUGCACCAUGCAGCGACAACCCAGUGGCAUUGCAAAAGUUUAAGGUGAAUGAUCGGGAUAUAACACACAGCGCUAUUGACCGUGCACCGUGAGUCAAUAACAUAUAGUAUUACUUUAGAAUGCAUGUCUACUGAUGUAACAAAUAACCUUUUUAAUGCGGCUGGGUAUCACACUUCUAUUUGGUGUGGUAUUUCAUCACUACACGCCAACACGAUAACCUGUGUAUAAAAUAUGAACACUGAAUUAGAUAUUAAUCAGUAGCCAUCGAUUGGCCUACAGUUGGGUUGAUCUUUGAUGCAUGACUGGAACAACGACUGCUGUCAGUGAACAACGCGAAGGAUUACACUGAAAUGCUAAAUCCGAAUAUUCGCCGCGUCUAUGAACUACUUAGACUGAGAUGCUCACCUGCCAAUACAAUCUGACCGUUUUGAAACUGCCUUGACCUUGACCGGUGAUUAUUCCGGGUCAUGUCCCCGAGGCAUCACAGAAGCGGCUGGACGUACCCGUGCGCAUUGUUUGAUGUCUCCCGUGUUAUACCGUCUGACUGUCCUGCUUCCCAACGUCCGGUGCUGUGUGGGAGAUGGAACGUGGAUACUGUAGUAAUGGCGCCUUCCCCGAGACUGACCAGAUGAUUCCAGUGACGGACACGCCACAAGCACCUCCACCCGUGGGGGGCGGGACUAGGCUUCAAGGAUCUAGCUGUUGUUCGCAGAGAUGGAUCUUGGCACUGAUGGGUUGUUUCGGGGGAAUCAUGUUGGAGUCGAGUCGAUCAAACCUCAGCAUGGCCAUCGUCUGCAUGGUCAACGACACCGACAGCAACGCUAGCAACCUUACAAACAGUUCGUCAGCAGUCCAUGAGCAUGCUGAGUUCUACUGGUCCAAGAGGGAACAAUCUGGAAUGCUGAGCGCGUAUUUCUAUGGUUUCGUAGUGAUACAAAUCCCAGGGGGCUGGUUGGUUGGAAGGUACGGAGGGAAGUACGUCAUGUUUAUCGGGAUUCUGAUUGGCUCCAUAGCUUCUCUACUUCUACCAAUCGGAGCCCGGACAACGAAAUACCUUGUGUACGUACUGCGGGCGCUUGUUGGCAUUUCGCAGGGUGUGUACAUGUUGACUAUGCAGUCCUUGUGGGGCAGGUGGGCGCCGCCAUUAGAGAGGACAAAGUUGAUAGCUGUGUCCUUUUCAGGUCCAAAGAUUGGGAGUAUUGCCGUGUUCGUCAUGUCGGGGUAUCUGUGCCAGUACGGUUUCGACAAUGGAUGGGGCUCUAUGUUUUAUAUAACAGGUGGAAUAACCGUCAUAUGGUGUGGGAUGUGGUUCUGUACCGUCGCUAGCACACCGUCUCAGCAUCCUCGGAUCUCAGAGCAGGAGAAAAACUACAUCACAGGGAGCAUCGGGGAGAAAGACACCAAGAGUCCGCCAACGCCGUGGGUGGCAAUGUUGACGUCCCCAGCGACGUGGGCAUGUCUCACCGCACAACUGUGCUUCAACUGGACGGCAUAUACACUGACAACCAUCACACCGACGUAUCUGAAAGAAGUGCUGAGUUUCGACAUUGCUGAGAACGGGCUUCUGACAUCCAUCGCUUUUGCUAGCCAGGCCGUGUCCUCUGUGAUAGCUGGUCAGUUGGCUGACUACUUGCGGUCAAGGAAAUACCUCAGCACUACGGCCACACGGAGGAUCUUCCAAACUGUCGCCUUCCUGGGAGCAGGUGCGUGUCUGAUAGGGACGGGGUUCGUGGGUGCUGAACGGCGCUAUGUCGCCAUCGCUCUGCUUACAACAGCCAUGUGGUUUAUGGGGGUGUCAACGGCAGGGUACCUCGUCAACUUCGUCGACUUCGCACCAAGAUAUGCUGGUAUACUGGUAGGUGUCUCCAGCACUGUCUCCACAUUGCCAGGAAUGGUGGCACCGCUCAUCGCCGGAGCUUUCACCCCUAAUAAAACUCAGGAGGAAUGGCGGAACGUCUUCUACGUGUGUGGGGGGUUCUGUCUCCUAGGAACUGUUGUGUUCGGCACCCAGGCCCGGGGGGAGGUGCAGCCCUGGGCCGUGAACCACGGGGAGGUCGUCGUGGGAGAGGGAGAGGGGGUGCCGAUGAUGGAAAUAGUCGCUGUCAAUGAUGACAGGUGUGAUACACUCAAACACAUCAUUUCAUCUGACAAAGAUAUAAAGGAAGUUGCUUUUUAA